UAAUGCACAAUGUCAGCUGAAGUAGCUGCAGACGAAGCAGCGAGGAAACUGUUCUUGCAGUUGAAGCCGUCAUGUGUGGAAGUCCUCCGUUCCUGCUCCGCCGAGUCCUUGGGCCGUCUCGACGAGGCCCUGCGACGGCUGCCACCGCGCAUUCCCCCACCUCUGAUGGAGUAUGUUCUCUUCCCCCUGCGGACGUGGCUGAGGCGGCUAGGAGGGUCGGACCGAGUGUUGCUGGAGCAUCUGCUCUGCUCUCUUUCUCUGCUGCUCUCACGAGCUGCCCCGGGACAGCUCUCCCUGUCCUGGGACGUCUUCCAAGAGUUGUUUGCCUUCCUCAGCAUGCUGCUGGACGGGCAGAUGUCUCAGGCAGCAGGGCUCGGAGCUCCGAGCGAAGAGAGAACUCUGCAGGCUCUGCGCUGCCUCAAGUCUCUUUUUCUCUCAGCUACCGAGAGUAGUGUUAGUCAGCUCUACCAGAACGUGCCUGCAGUGGGUCACUGUGUGUCAGUGCUGCUGGCAGCCCUGGGCUCCUGUGAGGGUAGGGAGGUGAGGAGCACUGCUCUGGGAGGACUGCUGGCUCUCUCUGGUCUGGCAGAGGAGGAUAUCACUCUCUUUACUGGUGAGGAGAGCUCUUGUUGGCAAACGAAGCCAGCUCACUUAGUGUACCAAAAUGACUGUAGUUCAACUCCUCUGAUCCAGACACUAAUGGGACAGAAGAUAUUGUUGAAAGAGGUGUUCUUUUUUAGGUUUGGAGGGGUUCCACUGUAGAUGGUGCUCUCACCAUACCGUAGUGGAUACAGCAAAUCUGCUACAGUAUUGCACCCUGAUUUUUCUUGUCUUUCUGUUAAUGGUUUGCCAGGGGUUGGUGGGGACAUUGAGGACACUGCUGAUGGUUUGAGAUCCCUGGCAGGGAGAGUUGGCAGGGAGAGACUGAGAGAAGGAAGAGGAGAAGUUCUCGCUUCGUUCUUGCCUGGAGUGACCACAACCACCACCAAACUUCUGACAUCUCAACCAAACCUUGGUCAGGGAAUAUUAAAUUUGGGUCUAUUGGUCUGGACAAGAUAUGUCAGUCUAUCACUCAGUGGUGUAACGCAUGAGGAGACUGGAGAUGUAGAUUACGUCAAAAGAGCAGCUGAACUGGUCGAGGGUGUGAGGGCGGAGCCACAGGCCACACCCACUGGCCCCGCCCCCUCCAACACAAGCAGGAGAGACCUGAGAGUGGAAAGGUCGCGGAACUGGAUGAGGGAGACGGACCGAAAACUGGCCCUUCUCGCAGGGAAGAUGGGCGGGGUUCUCGUGACAGUGGGAGGAGGGUGGAGGGGGAGGAGGGGAGUGGUGCUCUGGGCACACUGUCUCCUUGGCAACUGUCACAGGACGCUGGUUUCCGUGGCGCCGGUUCUGUUGGAGGUUCUUCUGACCCUCAGUCAUGAUGGCUACAGUCUGGUGUCCAGACCAGCUCUCCUCUCUCUGGAGCUGUUCUCUGCACAGCAUUCCAGAGAAGAAGGCGGAGAGCUGGUCUCAGUUCUACAGGAGAGACUGUACUCCCUCUCCUCUUCUCUUCCUCGUCUCAUGAGACAACACGACGACACUAGGAAGGUCUCGGUGAUGCAGCUGUUGGCCGGGUACCUCAAGUUGCUGGGUCCUCACGCCGUCACACUCACACUCUCCCCUCCACACCUCUCACACCUCACACAGGCUCUCGUUCAGACCCUGGAGCUGGAAACCACACCCCCUCAUCUCACAGAGCUGCAGUCACUGGAUUCAGUCGGAGAUAAUGUGGUCAUAGUUGAGGGGCAGAGUUCUGGCCCCCGGGGGAACAAAAAAGAGGUCCCCCAAGACAGUGAGGACUGGUGGACAAUAAGUCUUCAUUUCAAACAUUUCCGCCACCGUCGUGUGGAGGAGUUGGUUCGUGAUUGCUGCCAUUUGCUGGGCUUCUUUGGCUCUCUUCGUCCUCUCCUGGACCACCUUCUUGAGAGAUACUACGUCGCCACGGGUGAUGGGGGUGGGCGGGGCUCCGAACUGCUCGUUGUCAUUGGUUACGUCCUCAUGGGGGCUGGCGGAAGGGGGUGUGUCAGAGGGAGAGACAGGCCAUCUCAUGCAGGGAGCAGAGAAGACCUGUGUGGUGUAGUGGGUGAAGUGGUGGAUCUGGUGACUGGGGAGGGGUGGAAGAGAGGAGGAGGAGGAGGAGGGGCGGGGUCCUCUGUUCUGCACCAGUGUCUGCAGCUGCAGGUGGUUGCCGUGUGUGUCCAUCUCCUCGGUGGUGCAGUCUCCGGGAGACUGGAGGGACUCGUCUACCAGCUGCUGUCCAUGAGAGGCAGUCCCCACCCCCAGGUCUCUCUCCAGGCCCUCUCCACCCUCUCCUGUCUCACCUCCACCACUGGUGCCAGGAGUCUGUCACGGCUGAUCUCUGAGAAUGCAGACUACCUCGUUAACUCCGUCUGUCUGGGUCUGAGAAGCCACACCCACUCUCACGAGUCACUACAAGUACUACAGGCUGUAAUGGAUCAUGGAUCAGAGGAGGUGCUGCCACUGAUGAGAGAUUCCAUCGACGAACUUCUUCUAUCGCUAGACUUGCAGCUUGCUGGUAAUGAGGGGGUGUGGUCUGUACUGAGGAGCCUUGCAGCUGCUCUGCAUCGAUGGUCUCCAGAAACUGUAAAAAAAGAAGGGGUGGAGACAAGAGGAGGAGGUUGCCACGACGACAGGAGAGGUUGUGAAGAUGAAGAUUUCAGUGGAUAUUUCAAGAGUCUGAGGAGAAGGAGAGAAGAGGAGGAGGUCGAUGACGAAGGAGAGGGAGGAACAGUAGACGAAGGUGGGUCUGAGCCAGUGCUGAGUCCAGUGGAGCGGGCUGCGGUGGACAUCCUGGAGAGAUGUCCUCACUACCUCCCCUCCUCCCCCUCCUCCUCCCCUUCUCUCCCUCUCACUGUCCUGGACUGUCUCCACCACUGUCUCCACUGUCUCAGCCACACCCACCGCGCCCUCCUUCCCCUUGUCCACAAGGUGUGGCCUUCCCUGUUGCUAAGGCUGAGUGACCCCGCCCACCUGGUGGCUCUAAAAGCUCUCGAGCUACUGUGGGACUUGUGUGAGGUGUGUGGAGACUUUAUACGGAGGAGGGUGGUGAAGGGGGUGUGGCCAGUGAUUGCACAAUCUCUGACGAGACUGGCGGAGGGGAGCCGAGGGUCUGCGGCUGUGUACCAGUACUCCGUGGCCUGCAAACUGCAGAUGAAGAUGUUGGACACUGUGGCUGUCCUCUCUGUCAAACUACAGGUCAGCUCCAGUGACCUGGAGACACUGGCAGCAGCCUGUCUACCUUACCUCAGUCGCCACCAGCCACAGAGACUCGUCAAUACCUGUCAGUCCAGUCUGACCGCUCUCGUGAACUCUGACCCCGACCUCCUAUGGCUCCUCCUACAUCAGCUGGUUCCCACGGCGACCACACCUCCACCACACCCCUCUCUCCUUACCUACAAGUUCCCGAAACUCUCUUGUUCCGAGGAAUUUGCUGACACUGUCCCUCCUCUACUGAAAAUGACUCGUGAAUAUCAAUGAUGUCAUCAUUACCUCGUAAUCAUAAUCACAGUCUCUUUGACAACACAAUGCAUUCGGUUUUCGUUUCUGAAUCGCAAACAAUAUUUUCAAUCAGUUUCAAUUUUGUACUUCAUCACUUGCUGUUUACCGGUAUAAAAACAAAAUCAUAAAGUGUGAAACGAAAAGGAAAUUUACAAACAAUCCGUUAUGACGAUAUAAUGCAAAAGGGAGGGAUAUUGCGUCAGAAAAGUAUUUAAUAGUGUAAUAUGAUGCAAAAGGGAGGAAUAAAUAAUAUGUAAUUAAAAAGUCCAGUCUGGACAUGUGGAGUUAAUGAUGAACAAACGAUUUGGUUAUGAGUGCUGUGUUCAGGGUGGGCAUGGCAGGUGGGUGUGGCUAAAUGGUGGUAUGUCGGAGGGCAAUAGUGGUGAGGUAAUGGUGUGUGUGUUGCUAUGUUUCUUCCUGUAUUGGAGAGAAUGGGAGGGACCCUGGAGGGAAGGUUGGGGAGUAGACGGAACUGCUGCGACCUAUUCGCUGCCCAAAUGACCCCAGCAACAUUUAAUUCAGAAUCCAGAGGAGGCAGGGUUGCUGACCCUCUCACCUCAGUUCCUGAAAUCGUUUCUU